AUAGAUCUAGUGGAUUUUAGAUUACUGGUGUCAAGUCUACAUCAACUAGACAUCUAGAAUUAUGUAAAUCUAGAUUCUAGAUUCUUGCCUUUUUGGAAUAAGACAAAGAUAGGAUAAAGAUGUCAGCUUUCCAGAUUCCACAGAAAAUGAAAGCCUUGGUGAAGAAGCAGGAAGGUCCAUCUUAUUCCUAUGUAGAAAUAGAGGUGCCAGAGCCAGGAGAUGGUGAAGUGUUAAUUCGAGUGGAUGCUGUGGCGAUAUGUGGUUCUGACAUUGCUCUCUAUAACUGGGAUAAUGUUGCAAGAGUUAUCGCCACUGUGCCAUUCAUACCAGGCCAUGAGUGUGCUGGCACUGUUGUCAAGUGUGGGCCCAAUGCUGAUAUUCCGCUUGGCACCAAGGUGGGUGUGGAGAAUCAUUUCUUUUGUGGGUCCUGCUACCAGUGCCUUAACGAGGAUGGUGCUAUCUGUCUUAAUAUGGGCCAGUAUGGACAUGGGAAAAAAACCCAGCAUGGAGGUUGCUCUGAGUAUUCUAUAGUCCCAGCCAAAUAUCUGUACAGGCUCACACGUGACUUAGAUGCAGAACAAAUAGCCAUGUUGGAACCACUUGGUGUGGCUCACAAUGCCAUUGAGAGGCUGCAUGUCAGGGGACAGGACAUACUGGUUAUAGGCUGUGGGCCUGUGGGCUUGAUGGCACAAGCUGUGGCUAAAGCUCUGGGAGCUAAAAGAGUAGUAGCUGUGGAUGUUGAAGACAGUAAACUUGAACUGGCCAAGACUAUUGGUGCUGAUGUUACUGUCAACUCAAAACAGACGGAUUUAAAACAGUUUAUUGCUGAGUUCACCAAUGGUGUUGGCAUGGAUCGUGUUUGUGAGUGUAGCGGAGCCUCUGCCAUGGUUAAUGCUAGUUGCUCAUUCCUCCGCAAGGGAGGCUACAUUGGGCUUGUGGGUCUUCCAAAGCAACCACUGCACGUGGAAAAUGUCUUGCAAGACAUAAUUUUUAAAGCCUUGACUUUGAAAACAGUCCAUGGCCGACUAAUCUUUCACACUUGGGAACAGUCUGAGGCUUUGGUUGCAGAUGGCAAGAUUAAUGUCAAGGCUGUAAUAUCCCACAGGUUCCCUAUGUCCCAGUUUGAGGAGGCUUUCAAAACAUUGUUCUCAGGGGAGGCUUGUAAGAUUGUUAUAGAUCCCUCCAAGUAAUUUGUUUGCAUGGAUUCAUUAUUCUGUUUGUGGAUGUGUAUAAAUGUUAAAUUUUCAGAAGCUAUUUCUUGUGAAUACAUAAGUCUACUAAGUACUCAAUCAAAACAUAAAUAAAUGAAGAUUUUUUGUUUGCUUUGUAUUUAAGAUUUGUGCAUACGUAUAUAAUAGUAAAUUAAUAUGUCUAAUUGCAUUCCUGUCUGCUAAGUAUAUGCUUUUUAUGAUUUGAACAUACAUUAUUGUUUAAUUAAAUAUAUUGUACACUUUUUAAACAUUUGUACAACUUGUUAUUGUUAGCUAUUGUUAUUUGAUAAAUACUUGGCUAAGUAUUAUGAUUGCAUUUCUACUAGUGUUCAGCUCUGUAAUGGAUAUUUUGUUGAAAAGUUUACACAUUAAAAGAAUUGUUAACAUUGCUGUAUUGAAGUCUGUAGUUUAAAUUUCGUUUUUAUAUUAUGGAUGUUGGACUAAAUAUUUAUUAACACAAUUAUAACUUUUAUUGUUUUUUAACAGCAUUGUUCAAGAUAAGUUUCAUGUCCCUCUAAGCAUUCCUGCUUUAUCAUUAGUGUUUAUUUUUUUUAUAGGCUUGCUUUUGUUGUCAGAAACUGAUUGAAACUGCAGGAAAGGAACCUCAUGUGGCAUGAGUGUGAGGCCCUAUGUGGGAUGAGUGAGGCACUAUGUGGCUUGGGUUUGAAGCAUUAUGUAGAUAGGAGGCAUGAUAUCUGUGUACUGAUUGCAUGUUUUGAGGAUGUUUUCUCUCUGAGUCUAUAUGAGAUUUAGAAUAUUGUGGUUUUUUUUUACAUAAUGUUUAACAAAAUUACGUAACAAAAUAUAAUCUAACUUUUGCCUUC